AUGCCCAAAUUUGGAUUAUUAGUGAUCCUAUGCCACAGCUCAAAAUCAAAUUUUAGGAUAUUUACAAGACUAAAAACAUAUUUAAUUCUAAAUUUUAUAAUAUUAGAAGCACUCGGACCUGCAGGCACAAUUCAACACUCUCCGCUUAUCACUACCACCAUCGCCUGGCACCAGCUGCUUACACCUCCGCACGCACUUUUCUUCUUCUCUCAGGUUUUAUCUCUCUCUUUCUUUAACAUUAUCUUCAUGUCCCCACUUCUUUCCAAUUCUCAUGCUAUUUUACUCUUUGAAUUCUUGACUAGUUUAUUCACUUCUUUCAUUUUUUCGGUGAUUUAUUUUUUCUUCAACAUGCGCAAGAUUCGAAUUUCAGUUAGGAUUUGGAAAUUCUCGCUUGCGGGAUUUAUAUUAGCUAAUUAG